AUGUUUGUUCUAACCAACUAUCCAAGUUUAACGUUUUUGGUAGUGAUAUUUCUCAUUUCAACACCAACAAAAGUCCAUUCUACAUGUGACACAACUGCAGGAUGCUUCCCGCCAAUUUUUCAAAUCCUAGACAGGUUUUCCAGUUUUCUCGCGAGGUCCAUCUACUCGAGCUCCAUUUGUGGAUCCAAUUCCUCAACGCCAUUGCAGUACCUGAGUCUGAUCAGCUCUGAUGUCAAUAUCUACACGUGCCAGCCAACAGCCAUCCAGCCGAUCAAUGUCGUUGACAAGGACACAAGUCAACAACAGCCAACUUACUGGCAGUCUGAUAAAAUGGUGGACACAGACGGGGCAAUACCCAAGGAUCAGUACAUCGUUUUUAACUUUACGGAUGAGUUUAUCCUUCAUACG